CUGAGAGUUUGAGACAUAUGCACAUACAUACAUAAGCAGAAAGGAGAUCCGGCGGGCCAACAGAUGAUACCCACAGGCGCCUGCCUCCCUGAGUUCUGAGUCUAACCUCACGAUACCAUAUGCACGGCACCAGACGUGUAGAUCUUAAAUAAAUAAAAAAAGAAAAUAUGUACUUAAAAAAAAAAAAAAAGGCCAAUUGAUAAAUCUUCGUCCUAUACUCCUUGAACGAAAUUAAUCAGGAUCCAUUCUAUUAGACCUCUUUCACAUUCUGCAAAUCUGCGUCCAUCCAUGGAACCAACUUAAUUAGAUCAUAUUAAGGAAGUAAAUGAAGAUCCAAUACUACUCCCAGGCCGAUGCAAGUCCAGGAAAAAAAAGGAAAAAGGAUAACAUGAACAUGAUUUAAACCCUCUGACGCGAAACUCAUGUCAUGGCCAUCAAAAGUUCAAAAUGCCUUUUGAGAGAGAGAGAGAGCACAAAAUGGGGAAUAAACAGCCACUUAUCCCUAAUAAUCCGGCUAUAAGCAUUAGCACUGCUGCUAUCAUUCCUUCACUGUCUUUUUUUGGCAGAUGGUGUCCUGUCAAAGAAACUGUAUUCUCAGAUGUUCUAUUAAAGCAAAGAAAUGCAAACUUCCCAUUCUCUCCACUCCACCUCAUGCUUAUGCAGGAGGCUCUCUUCGUUUUCCAGUGCGACAAAUUCAGAGAUCCUGAUCAGCUCUCGCAAACACACACACACACACCCCGUCUCCUCUCUCUCUCUCUCUCUCUCUCUCUCGGGUUUCUCAAGCAAACCACUGUCCCUUUUUUUUUUUUUUUUUCCUUCUGACCAAACCAGUGUCGUUCCCAUACUCUAUUCAUAUUUCAUACUCACACCACCAAAUCUCUCUUCUACUAUAGCCACUUCUACCGUUCUGCUCUGCUGCUGCUUCGAUUACAACCACCACGACCAACACCAAGAAUAUAACAGCAACAGCAGCAGAGUAGUAGUGAGAGCUAGUGAGAUGCCAAGUUCAAUGGGUACUUUGUCCCAUGAAGAGGAGGAAGAGGACCCAACAGAUCCCAACAACCAGAAUCAGAUUCCUUUAGCAUCACACAGCCACUUACCCUCUGGUCCAUCUAACCAGAACACGCGGCAACUUUUGAUCCGCUGCGCCGAGCUAGUAUCACUAUCUGAUUGGACCGCCGCUCAACGCCUAGUCUCCAUCAUCUCCUCCAACGCUUCCCCUUACGGCGAUUCCACUGAGAGAUUGGUGCACCAGUUCGCCAGGGCCCUUUCCUUCCGCCUGAAUCGGCGCCCCUUAAGCCACAAUUUGUUGAUGCUGCCAACAACGGCCACCACCACAGCUGCCUCCAUUUCAGUCACCACCGCCACCCCAACUCCUCACCAUCAUCACCAAACGAGAACCGGAGGUAGUGGUGAUUUUUGGGUGCACGGCUGCGCUGGUGGUGAUGGUGGUGGUGGUGGUGUUGCUCAAGACUUGGACAUGGAAUUGGAGUUCAACUGGGAGGCGGUGGAAUCGUCAUAUCUCUACCUCAACCAAAUCACGCCCUUCAUAAGGUUCAGCCACCUCACCGCCAAUCAAGCCAUCUUAGAAGCUACAGAAGGCCAAGAAUGCAUCCACAUCCUAGAUUUCGACACCAUGCAAGGAUUACAAUGGCCUCCAUUAAUGCAGGCAAUCGCCGAGAGGCACCGCCGUUCAUUUUCUUCUACUUCGACUUCUUCGAGGGAGGAGGAGCCAUCGUCAAAUCCCAGCACCAUGGCGCCCACUCCCACACCCAUGAUCCGAAUCACAGGUACCGGCCAAGACUUGAGCAUCCUCCGAAGAACCGGUGACCGUCUCCAGAAAUUUGCCCAUUCCUUGGGCCUCAGAUUUCAUUUCCGCCCACUGCUCAUCGAGGGCCCCACGUCCUCCUCGUAUUACUCCCCGUCAUCCUCUUGGGUUGCCGCCAUGGCUGCCCACCUCCCCUCCGCCGUCCCUCUCAUGCCCAACGAGGCCCUCGCUGUCAAUUGCGUGCACUUCUUAAACAGGCUUCUCAGGGACGACAACGAUAACGACGCCACCCGUCUUAUCCUGCGUGCCAUCAAAGCCUUGAACCCCAGGGUUGUCACCGUCGCAGAAAGGGAGGCCAGCCACAAUCAACCCUUCUUGAAGAGGUUCGUGCAGGCUCUGGACCACUACACUGCCAUCUUCGACUCCCUCGAAGCGACGUUGCCCCCCAACAGCCGCGAGAGGCUUACGGUGGAGCAGGUAUGGUUCGGGAGGGAGAUCCUGGACGUGGUGGCCACGGAUGGAGACCAGCGGAGGCAGCGCCACGAGAGGUUCGAAACUUGGGUGGAGUUGCUGACAAGCUCGGGCUUCUCCAGCCUCCCCUUGAGCCCUUACGCCUUGUCGCAGGCUAAGCUCCUCCUCCGCCUCCAUUACCCAUCUGAAGGCUAUCAGCUGCAAAUACUGAAUGGCUCCUUCUUUCUGGGUUGGCAACAUCAACCACUCUUCUCUGUCUCCUCCUGGCACUAAAAUAAGGAAAGUGGAGAAGAGGCCAGGAACUUUUUUCAUUUUCCCCCUCAAUUUCAAGAGUAUCUUCCUAUUACCCUACUUAUUAGAUUAGUUGAGUCGGAGGGUCAAUGGAAGCACAGCAGCAAUACUGAUGCAUCAUCUCCCGCAGUACAAUACUCACUGAUCGAUCGAUCGAUCACUUUGUUCAUAUUACAGAUUAACAAACACUUUGGUAACUACCGCAAAACAAAGAACUUCUCUUAUUUAUCGCCGUUCUCCUUGUUCCUAAAACCCUAAACUCUACUACUUCACUAGACAAUGCGAUUCUUCUUCUUCUUCUUCUUCUCUCAACCUCUAAACUAGCAAGCUAUCAAGCAUGUAUGCAUAAAGUCGCAUGAAUCUGUACGUCUCCUGCUAAAUUCUGGUUUUUGCAGCCAUUCUUCAUUCUCAGCCUAUAUACCAAACUGGCAACUUUCGCCUCAUAUACCUCAAUACCCCGUGUAGGGCACCUUCCCAUGCUUACCAAAAAAACAAAAAAUAAAAAUAAAAAAGAACUCAUGCAGCUUCCCGUGCGAUGACUAAUUUUUGUGUCUCCUCCUCUUACUGCUACUAAUAAUGAUGAUGAUGAGUGCUACCUUUUUUGUUUUUCUUUUGAUAGUUUACUCUAUCUAGUCUAGUGAUUCUUGGUUUGGGUUGUGCCUUUUCGUUUCUCUCCCA